AUGCAGUUUAUUCUAUGGUCGAUAUUUAUUAUUAUAUUAAAUUUGACAAAAACGAAUCAAGUCAUUCUUCGAUCUUCAUUUAAACCUAAAAAUUCAAAUUCACUUUCUAUUAAAAAUAACUCAUAUGAAACAUAUUGUUCUUGGUUUCUUUAUCCACCAUGGAAACGUCGUAAUGAUCUUUUUAAUGACAAACUAUAUAACAAUUCAGUAGAAUAUUUUAGUAUUAAUGAAAAUGAUUAUAUAACUAAUAAUUCGUAUAUAGAAAGUUCAAAAAUAAUCGCAUGUAAUGAAAUUAAUUUAACAUUUUAUUCGAAAAUAAAUAGUUUCAAUAAAAAUAUAACUCUUAAUUUAUUUCUAUACAAACAAAAUUUAUGGAAUAAUAUAUGGAAAUAUAUGUACAAUGAUUCUCAAUGGAAAUUUCAUCAUCUUAAAAUCGAUCUGACAAAUGAAACUGAACAUAUACAAUUUCGAUUUGCUCCUCUGGUAUAUUCUAAUUUUAAAAUCUCAAUGGAUAUUACUAAACCAAAUAUAAAUUGUCAAAAUAAUACAUCAGAAAUAAAAAGUCAAGUAUCUGUUCGAGGCAAUUCAAAAGAACAUUCAUUCUUAUUUGCUUUAUUUGGUGGUAUAUUUUUACUUAUAUGUAUUAUAAUUACAGUUAUAUUUAUUUAUGGUAUUAUUGAAAAACGUAUUAAUGUAUGGACAAGAAGAGCAUCAAGUAAACGUCGAAGAAAAUUACGAAAAACAAGAAAUGCUAUUCGAGAUGAAUCAACAGUAAUUAGUUUACCAGCAAAUAUGGAUUAA